AUGAUGACGAGUGGUGUGCCACCGCAACUGGCAGAGUGCGUUGCGUUGUACCAGCGAGGCGGUCUGGAGUAUGACGGCGACAUCUGCUCGUUGGUGGUCGGGCUCUUGGUGCCCAUUGUAUUGUACAUUGCAGCGACGGAAGCGCAGCACUACCAGGAGCAAGUUGAUGCUUGGUGGGCAGCAGACACACCACCACAACGACAGGAGCGCAUUCCCGAGAGCGUCUGGGCACGAAGUUAUGCAGGAGUGUCGGCAGUAUGGCCCGCACUCGUGUCUCUGCUCAUCGUACUCGUGGACCUGUUUGUUGUUUCUCCGCCCACCACCCUCUGGCUUGCACCACUGUGCUUGUGGGCGACGCUGGCCACUGCGCGAUCAAAUUGGGUUGCGUCAUGCGCGUGCUGCGCAGCUGCCAUCUACCAGAGCAUCUUCUAUCUGCCUCUGAUGGCCGUGCUCAGUGCGGCACAGGCUACAUUCGGGCGCUCACAUUUGGCAGCGGCGUCGCUCGUUGCCAUCUUUGUUGCUGCGCUUCACUCCAUUUCAAUGGCGGCUGGGGCAGAUCCGAGCGCAUAUCUGCAUGCUGUUUAUAUUAACGAGGUUCAAGUCAGUGACCUCACGCCAAACCAAGGGCUCUACUGGUACUUCUUUGCACAGGUCUUCGAGCACUACAGGCAAGUGUAUACAUCAAACUUGCCCAACGCGCUUCCGCUUGUCCUCCCCAACCGUGACGUGCGACUGCUGGAGCGCAAGCAAGCGUGCAUACGCCAAACCGAGCAUACUGCCAUGGAGGAACUGCCGCCACCCAUCAACAAAGACCGGAGCGUGGGUGCAAGUGUGGGUCCCAACGAAGCAGCAACAACAUCAACCCAUAGCAGCACGAACGCGCCAACAGCACACCCGGCUGCUCCACCAACAGCACAAGUACGGGCCAGCACUCCUUCACUUCAGCAACAACAACAGCAGCAGCAACGGCAACAACAGCAGCAGCCUGGGUUGGGGACAACAGCGGCGAGCGAAUCCGUUCACUCACAUCCCACUGAUCAGGCAGUCACUGCAAGCGCACACAUGGGCCCCAACCCAUCGACAGACUCGACGAAGACAGAUUUUGCCGCAAAUGCGCCCACCACAACAACUGCCACCCCCGAUACAUCCUCGGCAGCAGCCACAGCAGCCACAGCAGCCACAGCAGCCACAGCAGCCACAGCAGCCACAGUAGUUACAGCAGCCACAGCAGCCACAGUAGUUACAGCUGUCACCCCGGCUGCACCACCCACGACUGCCACAGCUACCUCUAUACCAACCCCAGCUGCUCCCACGGAGAACACGGCCGUGGGCGACGCCAACACUGACCCUGCCCCUGACCUCUCUUCCACCUCCACAGCUGUUAUGGCUGAAAGCACCUCGACAGGAGCUGAAGAAGCAACGCAGUCCAACGCUGACAAGCUGAAAGCAAACAAAAGCUUCAGAUUCAGGCCGCCUCGAUCAGGCUACGUGCUCUUCCUGACGGAGAAGCGACAAGAGGUACUGCGGAAGAACCCGAGCAUGGCGCUGCCGGACGUCACCAAAGGUGUUGCUCAGCUCUGGCGCCAAUGCAGCACCGAGGAAAAGAAGCAUUACCAGGACUUGGCUGCAGAGAUGAAGCGUGAGUUUCUUGAAAAGAACCCCGGCGUGGACCUUACGGUCCGACGCAAGCGGCCCAAGCGUGCACGCGGCAGACCAAAGAAGAAAGCAAAACGUUCCAGCGUUGCACAGGACACAAGCAGUUUCGCCGCGAGCUUUGCAGAGGAUGGGAUGGAACUGGACGACAUUGAUGACGACGACGGUUACGCCGACGACGACGACGAUGCGAUUGUGAUCAGUGAUGAUGAUGGCACCACUCCAGAGAGUCUCUUCUGCAGCCUGUGCAACCAGUACUUCUCCUCCCUUCACAACAAGCGCGAGCACAUGCAGGGCAAGAAGCACCGCGACAUGUUGCAGGAGUACGGCGAGCUCGAUCCCCGCAUGAAGGUCUUCACAGACGACUUUGUGCAAUUCCACAGAACCCGGGAGCGCCAGUUGCGUGAGCUUCAAGGCGAAAUCCAACAGCUGGAGGGCGUCAACACGCAGUACAGAAACGACGUUCAAAGGGUGAGAAACUACAUUGCUGCCCUGCAAAUUGAGCACAGCCGCGUCGUGGCUGCGAGCGAGAGGAUUCGCGCUGAAUUGACACAGGUGGACGACGCGUUUCGACAGCAGAGCAUGCAGCACCCGCUACCGCCAGAGCUUGCCAACCUCAACGCAGAGACGACGGAGCACUUGCUGCGGAACAUUGAUGCGAUAUUGGCCUCCGUGAAAUGGGAGAGCGAUGACCCUAGCGCACAGGCCGUCAAGCAGUCGCUUCAAGCCAUCAGCGAGCGACGCGCCGACGCGGCUGCACCAUCAACAUCCUCGUGACUCCCCCCCCCCCCCCAUGUCGCUGUGCGAUGAUGGUGGGCAGCGUGGUGUCUGCUGUGUGCUAGGAUGGAUGGUAUUGUUGUGACCUCUGUGUUGUGAGAGCACUUGCCUUAUGUGAUAUGCCAUGAGUAAGCGACAACAAUUACACCAUGUGACGGUG